UAUACGUACUAAUACUAUAUAAAGAGAGAUAUUGGGGGGUUUUCGAUUUUGCAACCAGUCAAUUCAUUUUCUGCCCCCUUUGCUUUUUCUUGGUUGCCCUUUUCUCUGUCUUACAAAUUCUUUCAGUAUCAGUUGAACUUACAUCCAUAUACAAGAAAAUGAAUUUCAACAGUGAAAGUGACAUGUGGAGAUGGCGUGACAGUUAUGGUCUCGGAGAUGAUCCUGAUAUUGAUAUAUCUGAAUGCUUGUUGAGCAAAGAUGAAGAAGACAUUUCCUUUAUGUUUGAUGAUGAAAAUACUCCAGUCAAGUCCUGUGGUGAUUUGACUUACCAUGUUAACAGCUAUGAAAACAAUGACAAGGAAUCCCAGAGAUACAAUGAGUCAUCCUCACAAGUGAAAAGGCGCAGAAUGCUACAGUUUGAAUCAGAAGCAUCAGAUGCACCACUUUGCAGUGAGGAACUAUCAUCGUCAUUUAUACAAUCACAGGAGACUGAAAAUUCUGUUGAGGAAUUUAUCUCCGAAAUGUCACAGUGGGUUUCGGGAUUUUCAGAGGGCAUGUCUUCAUCUGGUAAUGAGGGGCUGGAUCAGUCAUCCGAAGGAUGGGUUGCUAGUUGUUUUAACGAUUCUCAGAUGCAUUUGAGCCCUGAGGAUAUUGCAGCCUCUGAUAUUCAGCUUGAUAUUUCAGAGAUUUGCAACACUCCACCUGAAUGUGAAUCUAAUGUGGUUCAAGAGCGUCCUGUGCAGACUCGUAAAAAUGUUGUUUUCAAAGGUAGGAAAUCAUAUAUGCGGGCUCCUCCAAAAGUUGCCUCCUCUGUUGUGUAUCCGUUUUCUUUUGUUAAACCGUGUGGUGUCCACGGAGAUGUGACUCUGAAAGACAUAAACCAGCGGAUACGCACACCAAAAGCAAAGACAGGACAAAAUAGUGUAGAUCCUUGUGUUGCAUACCCCAAGUCGGCUUUCUCUGGUAAACCUGUCGUGGGGAAGACCACAAUUCCUACUGAAGGAGGAAAAGGCAGCAUUACUAUUAUGAGAACAAAGGGAUAAUUAAAUUUGAGCAGGCGAGGGUUUUCUCCAUUUCUUUUGGAGAUGGAUAUCCUCAGGGGCCUCGCUUUCUGGUUGAUGCUAUCAUCCUUGUAGCUCGUAUCAUGAUAUCGUUUAUGCAUACUCAAUUAUUGCAGCAGCAUGCUAGGUAGUAGUUGUAGUAUUGCAGUUUGCUGGAGAUACUCUUACAAUUAGUUUGUACAAAACUUUUAUUGACGUCACUAAUUUAUUGAUCUGCAAAAGCUUGUUACCCUGUCAUAUUUUGGCUAUUUAAUGAACAUUAUUAUCUUCAAGGAUUUCA